UACAUUCCCUAAAAAAAAUUUUCUACGUAUUUUCGCACGCAUCGCGUGCAUAUAAAAACUAGUAGCCUAAUAGUCGCCCAUCUCUAUCAGCCGUUUCUUUCUUUUUUUUUUAUCUAACUCCAUCAGUCUCCAAUCUCCAUGGCUCACUCCUUCGGUCCUUUUCCUUCCUUGUUUCUACUCUCUAACUGAAGGGUAGUUGAAUUUGAUUGCGAGUUUGCGACCACUUCAAAAUCCGGCGACCUCAUACUCUACUAGCAUUCGUCGACGACCGGCGAACUCAACUCGCAAGUCACAAGUUAAUUAUUUCAGUAAGAAUUUCGUUGAUUGCAGCCCCUCGGUCGCUGCCGAGCACCGACCACCUUUCUUUCAGUGUGCUACACGAGAUGCAUCCUCCAUUGACAUUGCACCGGCACCCUAUGUGUGCUGAAAUCAUUGAGGCAUUCCAGAAAUGUCAUGCAGAUCACCCUUUUGGCAAAUUUGUCGGCAAGUGCACUGAGCUCAAAAUUAAACUUGAUCGCUGCUUCAGGCAGGAGAAAGCCGUAAAGCGGAAGGUAAACUUUGAACAGAGCAAAAAACUAAAAGAAAAAUUACAGUCACAGAGGAAGGAAACUGCCGGACAAAGUUAAAGAAUGAUUUGGGGAAUUGCAAGUGUAUGCUUUUCCGGAACUAUUGGUACAUACUUGAAGUUAGCAUUUUACUGUGCAUGUAGCAUUCAAAAUCAGAGUUCUUAUUUCUCUGUGUUGUUGAUUUUGUAUUCAUUUGCUAGGAAUACUUGAGGAAUAGGAGAAAUAUUAUAACUUCCGACUCAGGGUCUAGGGAUAUUGUAUACUUGACUUGAACUUGCAGUGAAUAAAAAUCACGACCUUUAUUAUUCA